AUGAAAAUACGACUCUGCUGGUCGACUGGCCUUAUUAUUGCUUACAGUAUACUUAUGCCUACAGGUGCGUUUUUUUUGUUUAAUUAUGAAGUAUACAUGUAUUAGGCCCCUUUUGAAAAUUUUGAAAUUAAAAAUUUUUAAUUGCUAAAAUUUCGAAUUUUUUAAAUUUUUUAAAAUUUUUAAUUUUAAAAUUUUUUUAUUUUUAAAAAAAUGUUUUAACUUGUUAUUUUAGUAAUAUGUUCUCAGUCUUACUUAACAGAAGAAGAUUUUAACAGGAGCAUUGGUAAGUUUGUCAUCUUAGGUUUUUUAAAAUAUUUUUGAACUAAAUAUACCAACGCUUUGUUUAUACAACUCAAAUUGCAUGAACGUUCUUUACAAAACAAAAAACUGCAAAAUCUUUCUUUACAGAACAAAAAACGGCAAGCACUUUCUUUACAAAUUGAACAACUGCAAAAACUUUCUUUACAAAACUAAAAACGGCAAGAAAUUUCUUUACAAAUUGAAAAACUGCCAAAACGUUCUUUACAAAACAAAAAAUAGCAAAAUCUUUCUUUACAAAGCAAAAAAUGGCAAGGACUUUCAAUUUUUUUCAUUUUAAAAAAUAUUUCUCAAAAUCUUAAAUUUUUCAGAUGACGACGUGACAUUUUUAACCUCAAAAAGACUUUGAAAACGCCGUAAAAUACGACAAACAGCUCGGUAAGUGGGAAAAAUUAGACCAGUGGAUUAUGUCCUACUCUAUUUAUAGUGGAUAAACAUUCGAAUCGCGGUUAUUUACUCUCCCAUCAAAGGUUCUACCACGGUGAUUUGCGUGGGAAAGCACAGUGGAUCUCGGUAGGUUUAUAUAAAUACACCAUUUAUCCCUUUUUUCUUAUUCUGUUUUACGUUACCCUACAUUACCUUGUCAAAGCUAAGCCUAACAACCUGUUAUAGGUCUAAACUGGCAUAAUAAGCCUAAAAUGAUGUGUUAAGCCUAAAAUAGACGUUCUUUUUUUAUAUUUCAGAACAUUUCUCAAAAUGGAAAAAGGCGGAAUGGUGUAACAAAUUUAGUCAAAAAAUGGCCGAACGGCCGUAUACCAUACGUAAUAUCCACCCAAUACAAUGAUCGGGAACGUGCUGUGCUGGCCAAAGCGUUCAAUCAGUAUCAUACUCAAACGUGUAUUAAGUUCGUGCCAAAAGAACCUUAUGAUCGAGACUAUUUGUACGUUGGGAAGAUUGAUGGGUACGUUAAAACAGCGAAAACUUUCUUUACAGUGAAAAAAAUGGCAAAGAUUUUCUUUACAGUAGAAGACAUGGCAAAAACUAUUUACAAAACAAAAAAUCGCAAGAACUUUCUUUCCAAAACAACAAAUGGCAAAAACUUUCUUUACAAAGCAAAAAAUGGCAAAACUUUGUUUACAACUCUUUUGCUUCUUUUUAUUCGUGUUUUAGCUGUUACUCAGACGUUGGGAAAGCUGGUGGUCGACAAGAACUGUCGCUGGAUGAUGGUUGUUUACAGUAUGAUACUAUAAUCCACGAACUUAUGCAUUCUGUUGGGUUUUACCACGAACACGAGCGAUGGGAUCGCGACCAUUUUAUAUCAAUCUUGUGGCAAAACAUUGACAAAGGUAAUAUCGAAACGGUGCUGAUGGUACUGUAAUAUUAUAAAGUGUAUUUUGAUACUAUAAUACUAGUGUUAAUACUGUAGUUAUUAUUUAAGAAACAGCAUUAAUAUUGGCAUCUUUAGGCGCAUACGACCAAUUCGGACGCGUUGAUCUUACUGAAAGUUCGUAUUAUGGGCAGAUCUACGACUACCGGUCGAUAAUGCAUUACGACAGUAUGGCAUUCACAAAGAAUGGCAAAGAGACGUUGGUAGCCAAACAGCCAGACAUGACAAAAGUCAUUGGGGUGGCACAAGACUUUAGUCCAACUGACCUAGUUAAAAUCAAAAAGAUGUACAUGUGUGGAGCUACUACGGUACGUCGUGCUGUAUUAGUAACCUCGUAAUUUUAGAACCCUCAUACUUACAAGUAUGUUAAUGCAUUGUCAUCGAAACCUCAUGCAACUUGGCCUACGGCACCAUUAUCAGUUAAUAAGAUUAGUUAUGGUACAGCACCGAGCCCGUCAUUGGUACCAUUGACAAUUUCUCGUAAUGUUAUGGAGCCAGAAAGUGCACCACGUAAGUAAAUUCUAUGAAUUUCUGAAACGUAGGCGAAACCACAAGUUUUUGCGUAAAAUAUUGAAUUCUAUGCACUUUUAGGCCUAAUUUAUAUUUUUUCAGAAUGUGGAGAUCGAAGUACGUUGUGCUGGCGAUGGUUGGAACGGUGUCGUUCGCCGUUCUUUGAAAAAAUCAUGAAGGAGUUUUGUGCCCAAUCUUGUGGGUAUUGUACUCCACCAGUGCGACCGUCGUGGCGCUAUUCAGAAGGCCGAGUUAGCCCGACGGAGCAAAAUUACGAUCAAAUUGGAAAUAGCUAUUAUAAUCAACAACCUACGCAGAUACCGUGGUACCAAAUUGUUGGAUAG